GAAGCUUUUGAAAUGAGCCUUUGUUUGGUGCUUCUGAUGAUCCUUACAUUCUCAGCAACAUCUUCAGCAACCGAUCAUAUCUACAAUGUCGGAGAUAAUGUUUCCUUGUUCGUCAACAAAAUUGGUCCUUUGAACAACCCCAGUGAGACCUAUCAGUACUAUGAUUUGCCUUUCUGCCACCCAGAUCCAGUAAUUCAAAAGAAAGAAUCCAUCGGGGAAAUUUUGUGUGGUGACCGUUUGUCCAACAGCUUAUAUCAAUUGAAUUUCCGGCUGAACAAAAAUGAGGAGAGACUCUGCCAGAAGAAGUUUAGAGUUUCUGAAGUACGGAAGUUCAGGGAUGCUAUACUUCGUGAUUUUUACUUCCAGAUGUAUUAUGAUGAUCUUCCACUGUGGGGAUUCAUUGGAAAGGUUGAAGUUGAGAGUAUGAGUCUCAGUGAGAAGGGAACUAAGUAUUAUCUAUUCACUCACUUGCAGUUUGAUGCUCUCUACAAUGGAAACCAAGUAAUAGAAAUACGUGCUUUUAGUGAUCCAAAGCAUGUUUUUGAUAUAACAGAAGAUGUGGAUAUUGACAUUGGGUUCACUUAUUCAGUUAGCUGGAAUGCAACAUCAACUUAAUAUCAGAACAGGAUGGAUAAAUACUCAAAGGCUUCACUAUUGCCAGUCCGCCAAAAAGUUCAUUGGUUCUUAUUCAUUAACUCGGUCGUCAUCAUUGUGCUUUUGAUGGGAUUACUUACCUUGCUUAUUAUGCGACGCCUUAAAAAUGACCUGAGAAAGUGUUCAAAUGGUGAUGAAGAAGAAGACAAGGAAGUUGGUUGGAAAUACCUUCAUGGUGAUGUUUUCAGACACCCAUCAAACAUGCCACUGUUUUGUGCCAUUUUGGGCUUGGGUACCCAGCUGCUCACAAUGGUGUGCAUCUUAUUUCUGUUGGCAUGUUUUGGAGUCCUCUAUCCCUACAAUCGUGGAGCACUACUCACUUCUCUUGUCUUCAUUUAUACUCUUACAUCUAUGGUUGCGGGGUACAGUGCUGCUGCCUUUCACAAUCAAUUUUCUGUGACUGGAUGGGAAAGGAGUGUUAUUCUAACAGGGAUUCUUUACUUGGGCCCAUUCUUUGUGACAGUGUCUUUCCUUAAUUCAGUAGCUAUAUCCUAUGGAGCCACAGCUGCACUUCCUUUUGGAACCAUCGUAGUGAUUAUCCUCAUUUAUGCAUUUCUUGCCGUUCCAUUGCUUGGUUUGGGCGGGCUGAUUGGAUAUUGUAUAAGGUCUGAAUUUCAAGCGUCUUGUGCUACAAAGAAUUUUCCAAGAGAGAUUCCAUCAUUAGCUUGGUAUAGAAGAGCAUCUUGUCAAAUGUUUGUUGGCGGUCUCUUGCCUUUUAGUGCAAUUGCUCUGCAGUUACACCACUUGUUUGCAAGCAUGUGGGGAUACAAAAUCUACACUCUUCCUGGAAUACUGUUUGUUACAUUUAUUGUCCUCAUCAUACUGACUGCAAUCUUGACAAUUGGUUUGACCUACAUUCAACUUUCAGCUGAAGACCAUGAGUGGUGGUGGAGGUCCGUUUUGUGUGGGGGCUCUACGGCUAUAUUCAUGUUUGCCUAUAGCAUCUAUUUCUACAUCAAAUCAAAUAUGACUGGUUUCAUGCAGCUAUCCUUCUUUAUUUACGGUGCUGUUAAAAGUGAAUGA